UGCAUUGUCAGUCGGCGUAUUUCUAGGGAUGGCAUUUAUUUAGACGACAUCGUUACCUUUCCUGAUACAUCUUUAUUUCGCAGUUUGUCGGAAAAUUUGGCAAAUUUCGCUGAGGAAUUUCGAAUAUUUGGUCCUCCACUGGAUUGAAUGCUGUUCGUCUACUGACCAUCAUUUUGGCAUCCCUGCACACACGACAUGGACACUGACUCCAACGAUGGGACUGUUACGGAAAGCCUCAAUGGAGAAACAAAACCUGACCCGACAAAGCUUGCCCAUUCGGCCAUUAUUAAGCAGGAUGUUAUGCUAUCAGCUACCACCACACAGUCCCCCCUGGCCCCUGUGUCGUCAGUCUUUACGAUGCCCUCUGUAUCGCUGCCCAACGCGUCAGGCGGCACUCUGGGUCUCUCCGACCAUUUGUUCAUGUCCGUACCCUCCAUAGCAGACACAUCCACAACAUCCUCGGUCACAGACGCCAAAUCAGAGGCAAAUGGUGCAAUCCACUCAUUAUCGAGUCAGACCCAGCUUCUUGGACAGCCCCAGGUAGCAGCACCACAGUUCUUCCUGGCAAGUCAAGCAGCGGCGCAGGCAGCUGCCGUUCAGGGGCAGGCGGCAGCAGCGUCCGCGGCGGCCAGCUCCCUCGGUGUACAGCAACUUCUCAUUCCAGUCUCUACAGGUAAUGGCACACAACAGUUCAUCAGCAUCCCGGUAUCCUUGGCAACGGGAGGGAAUCAACAGAUUCAACUCUUGACGACGUCCAAUGGGCAGAUAAUUGCCACGAAUCUUGCCAGUUUACAGGCGCUGGCACAGCCUCUCAACCUUGGCCUGGCAGGAGUCACAGCAGGCAGUGUGUCCAGCCCUGCAAGUCACCACGGUAGCAGUAGUAGUAGUAGUCACGCAGUGUCGAGUCAGUUGGCAGCAGCGUUGCCACAACUUUUGUCCACAGGAGCACAGGGUCAGCUGCUAGCACUUGGCACACAGAAUGCAAUCCGAGGAUUAUCGUUAGAUGGAAAAUUCAAGUUCGAUAAUCAGGUGCUGACACCGGUCUCUGUCGCUCAAGUAAAUAAUUCUUCAGCUUCCUCCAACCAAUCAACUGCUGGCGCUGCAGGUCAUUCAGCCAAUCACAGCAUCUCUACUUCCCCGUCAUUACAACAGACGCUUACACAAGCAGUGGGUGGGUCGACGUCGCACACCGUUGUGGCACAGCACAGCCCCACGCGACCCUCAGCACUUUCCGCCAAUCCGGCAGCUACCUCGAAUGGACUUCCCCCCUCCGUUAGUCAAUUGCUACCAAAGAAGAGCACGGUGUCUCUGCCCUUGACCCUCUCAGCCCCUAAGACCGUUCUGACCUCAAAUGGACUUCCCACCAGUAUUAGUGAACUCAUACCAGACACAGUGGGCAACUCAACUGAGAGUACGACUGUAGAUGGAAUCAAUUUGGACGAGAUUAAAGAGUUUGCACGGCAGUUCAAGAUCCGUCGAUUGUCGUUGGGACUGACCCAGACACAGGUGGGACAAGCCCUCAGCGCCACUGAGGGGCCAGCUUACAGUCAGUCAGCUAUUUGUCGGUUUGAGAAGCUGGACAUAACUCCGAAGAGCGCCCAGAAAAUCAAACCUGUGUUAGAGAGAUGGAUGCUGGAGGCGGAAGAGCGGUAUAAGAACGGCGUUCAGAAUCUCACCGAGUUCAUCGGCAGCGAACCCUCAAAAAAGCGCAAGAGACGUACAUCAUUUACGCCCCAGGCUUUGGAAAUAUUGAACCAGUAUUUUGAGAGGAACACCCAUCCCUCUGGUGCUGAAAUGACAGAAUUAGCAGAAAAAUUAAACUACGACCGAGAAGUCAUCAGGGUGUGGUUCUGUAACAAAAGGCAAGCGUUAAAAAAUACGAUAAAGAAGUUGAAACAAGAAGCACCGUGACUCAUCCGUGGACGUAUAUGCGGCAUAGUUUAAUGUUUGGCCAGAUUUGUUAAUUAUUUAUUAUUUCAAAAUAGGUUGUUUUUUCUCAGGGCUAUGAUCCAUAGUAUAGAUUGAAGAAGCAGGAUUCAGAUCAGAUUUCUGACUUUUCAGUAGAAGGUCGAAACGGGUCUGUCACUGUCAUUACUCCCCCUUGUAAGACUAUAUCUUCCAGAUAAUAAUUGAUUAAUACAUUACAUUGCUGAAAACAAAUAUUCACUCGUCAAUUCUAUGUUGAUGUAGAUAAUAUGACUUUAUUUGUCAUAUCGUCAGUGUACAGAUACGUUUAAACACAAAAAGUGACCUUUUCUAUUAAGUCAAACAUUAACCAUUGAACGUAAAAAUCAUGGAAAUUCUGAAGAAAUAUAGUCCUCAACAUUUGACAGAGAUUUGAAGGUUCUGGUUAGAGCUGACAAUUGCUGGCUUGGGAAUAGUAUCUUACAAAGACUUCCAUACCAUGGAAGCUGAACAUGUUCAGCUGCAUUUGUAGUCAUUUAAAAUGAGAAUACGCAAGUUUCUGUUCGAGUUGAGAAACAACAUGAAAUAGUGCAAUAUCUUUGUCAGAUUCUGAGAAGUAUAGUUUGUGAAGAUAUAGUCUUACAGAGACAGGUGUUAAAAAUGUGUUUCAAGUGAUUGGGGUUCGGUACUGGUAAUUCUGCGUCUCCGAGUUAGUGUUCAAAAUGUUUUCUUCAAACAAGAAAUGAUGUGAAAAGAGCUGAAAAUAAUUUUUGUAGUUCGGCAAAGCUCAUUAACAUUUUAAAAAGCUCAUCUACUCACUUUAUAAAAUUUUCUGAAUUAUCAGUACUGAAUGAUUUAAGCAAUAGCUUUGUGACUGAAAUGGUGGUCAUGUGACUCAAGCUUUUUUGUCCCAUGACAAGCUAAUCACAUGACUGGAUCACAUAGUCACAUGAUCAAAACAAAAGUCACAUGACAGAAAUCCCACUGAGAUCUGAUGCUUGUUCAUGCUAUGUAAGUUGAAGCUAUUAUGUGAUAUUGUGUUUAUAGGUAUGUAGUGCUCUAUAGGUAUGACUUGUCUCCCUUGAAUUCAGAACAACAUGGCAGUACCAUCCAUUUUGGACAAUCACACACUGGGUGUGUAUUUCCUUUUCAGGAAUUGUGUGAAGAAUGUUAACGCAGCAUUCAUCUAAAUUCUUCGUUGAAUUCAGUUUUAAUUAAAAAUAUGCUCCUAAAGUAUAAGAGUAUAUUCACUAAGAUGUGAAAAUUCUUGUGAAAAAGUUAUACUGCAACAUAUGUGUUAUGUCGUUUGGUCCAUUUUUGAAGAAUAGCAGAUUCACAGAAUUUGUGCGGUACUGCCAAGCUGUUCUGAAUGUCAAGAAUAAGGUUGUUAUUUAUUCCUGGUAAUUUUACCAUGUCUGAUAUGUUUUAGAGGUUGGCAGUUGGUCAACUGUGUGCUGGUUUCUGAUGAAGGCUUUUAACCAGGCUUGUAGAAUCUCUGCGACAACUGAACGUGAUGCUUGUGGGAUCACAUUGACCUGAUGAAGUUGUGAUAACGUGUUUUGAUGAUGUGAACAAAUAUUUGUUAAUUUUAUAACUGAGUCAGAGUGUAUGCUUCUGUAGUCCUGCGUAAAGUGUAAUACGGUUGUAUUGCAAGCAGUUUUAGAUGCCAGAUGAACACGCCUUCAGUGACUGUAAGUCAUUCAUAAUCUCUCUAGGAAAUGUUUAUUACCUCAUAUGAAACUGAAUGUCCUUUGUUAUAUUGUGGAAAGGUGCAAUUUAUUGCUAGGUUUGUAGAUUAUUAUGAUGUUUAAAUAUUGAAAUAGCAAUUAACAUUUCAGUCUAAAUUGUGAACACAUGAAAGUUUUCAGACAAACAGCAUGACCAUAUUCAGACCUGUAAGUAAUGCUGUGUUCAGAUGGUUACCACGAUCGUGUUUGUGGAUAACACCUGUAAUAAAAAUAUAAUAAUAAUAAUAAGUUAAACUGUGAUCAGUAGUUUUCAGAUGGAUUUGUAACCAUUUUGAAAAUCUACUCCAUUUUAUAAUUGAAUUUUUUUGUGGCUUAUGAAAACAUGGUAAUAGACUGUUAACUGCAUAAGGAAUACUAUGUUCCAUUAAACUAGUUAUCUGUGUCAAUGGGCUCAAUUUAAUUUAAAAGACCAUAACAUUUUGGAGAUUUAAUCUUUGAGACAAUUUGAUUCAUAUCUGAAUAGAUAUUUUAUUUCUCAACAUAAAGCAUGACAAAUGACUAUAUUUAUGUGACAAAAAUGGCAGAUCCACAACUAUUAUCGGUAGUACAUGUCUUGAAGCAUGCAUGUACGAAUCUGGUAAGAAAUGGUCAUGAUGUAGAGCCAAGGACCUUAAUUAUUUCCACAUGUUUUCUACACAACGUUUUAACUAUAAUCACUAAGUAACAACCGUAACCAGUAAUCUGAUGAUAAACUAUAUAGUUACGAUAGGUCCUAAAGUUACGAACACUUUGUUGACCAGGAUCCAGGUCAUACUCGUUGACUAGAUCUUAAUGUGUCAUUAUUUUCACAAUAUCAAUCAGUGGAUUGUCUGGUCCUGUCUCCAAUAAUUAUAGGCUACCGUCAUAUAACUGCAAUUUGUUGUGCUUGUACCUUAUUUUAUGACACACCAACUGUUUCAAAUCAUCCACCCUGUUUACAGCACCGUGUGCUGAAAUUAAUUUAGCAGACUAAAAGUUAAACAACAUAAAAUUGAUUCUGUGAUAUCGGCCACUGUGAACAACAGUGGUAGAAACCAACUGUAAACAACAAACAAAGAAAUCCUGUGGAAAUACUUGAGGUCAUUAGUGAUAGUUUUAUCUGAAGCUUGACAGAUACACGAGGGACUCCUUCAACCCAUAGCUUACAUUAAGAAGCUAUGAUUGGCAUGAUGAUCGGCAAACCACAACUACUUAAUAUCAAAACACACAUAUAAUGAAUGAACUAAUGUGAAUCAGAAUAUUUGUUUAUUUGUAUGUGUAUUUAUAUCUUAAUGCUGCCAAAUAUGUGUACAAAAUCAUUAUUUAUUUAACUUAACGUAGUGCAAGUUAUAGUCACUGGUCAUCCUAGAUGCUAUCGCAAUCAAAAUGUACAUACACGGUAGCAUAACGCUGAUUUUGAGUCUGUUUCUGAAACCAGUUUCUUAGGCAAAUUAAUAUACAAGAACUGUUGUGAUAGUUUCUUUUGAAUUAACAAAAAAUUAAAAUAUUUCAUUUCAAAAUAUAGUAAUUAUAAGUUCACAAAGCAAAUCUAAAAUGGCCCAUAUUUUUACCAAAUUUGUCAAAAUAUGAAAAAUAGGGAAGUAUUUUGUCAAUGUACUGACAGAAUAUAUUUUAAUAUUGCUGGGUUAUUUGUUAUCUUUGAGCUCCAUUUUUUAUUAUUUUUUUUCAUUUGAAUGAAAUGCUUUUAAGUGAUUUGUCAUUACGACUCUGGGACCAAGGUCAGCUACAAGCUCACAAUAACUCUCUGUAUCCAUACGUGUUAAAUAUGUCUGAAGUUGAUGUUUAAGCUGUUAGAAUCUGUACAUGUGCAAGAAAUAUAUUGCUGUGCAAUAGUCACAUGUGGGCAAUGGCAGCAUGUGCAUGCGCUGUACAUUAUGGCAGUUGAAAUGUUUCAUACAUAGCAAUUUUGUGUUGACUCAAAAGAUCGUACCUCAAUUAUUUUUAUUUGAAGAGACGAGAUGUUCAUACUGAAACUGCAGGUUACUUAAAGGGGGACUGCUAUAGGACUAUUUGGCAGUACUGGAGAGUACUCUUGACUCUUUAUGAUCUACAGUGGACACUGUGUUAUCUGGCUCUCUCUGUAAACUGGAAUAUAUUUGUGUCAAAACUAAGAUUGAAAGUUGAACACUUUGGAAUCUGUCUAUUCCAGACACUGGCACUCAAUCUUUAGUUACGUCUUUCUGAUGUCCCUCCACCGUGAUAUUGCUUGAAUAUUGCUAAAAGCGACAUAAAACUAAACUCACUCCAAUUACUUCUCUAUUCAGUGCCAUUGCUUCUGAUGAAAUGAUUGGCAACUCAAAAGAAUUACAACAGAUCUGACUGUGAGUGUGCUGGCAAUAUUCAUAUUUAUUUACCAUGUCAAUUAGCUCUGUUAAUUAGGAAAACAAGGUAACUAGUAAGUGAAAUAUCUCAUAAAAUCUGUUUGAUGGUUAAAUUGGUCAAUGCAUUUCAAAAUCAUCUCUUCCUUUCAUUUUGAACUGUCCAGUUCUAAGUGAUGAGACAUUUUUGCUGGUCCCAUCUGAUCCAGUUAAAAACAGAGGCCACAUUAAGUCAGCUCAAGAGUAAAUGUGAGUAAUUGUGUCUCAGUUUAUUUGGUCUCUAUUUACAUUGAUACUCCGGAAAUAUAUUCUUGGCAGUCGAUUCCACCAACAUCACGAAGUGAUAUAACUGGAUUACUGUCCUAAACUGCAUAAAACUCACUCACUCGCUCACUAUAGACAGUGAACAUGGUCCCUCUUUAAAGGAAAUGCAGAUAUUUCAUAAUUAAAACCACUCAUGUUUAUCAUAAAGCUGUUUCCCAUAGAGUAGAGUGUUCGACAAUCUCAUUAUUUCACGUCCGAUCUUGUCCGGUUUGCAAACUGAGUCUGUUUGUUUCCAAUAACUCGAGCAAAGCAAGUCAUAUGAGGAGACGUUUCUCCCCUGCUUUAAGUGAAGCAGUGUUGUUUUUUUACAGUUCAAGAGUCUCUUAAUAUAUUCACGUUUGUAUGAGAAAAUGUAUUAAAUAUGUUUUCACAAUAAGUGUUAUAUAAAUAUAUAUAUACAUCAUUUUCAGUCAUUUAUGAAGUUUUCAAAAUUCUCCAGUUUACAUUAUUGAGUGAAUGUUACAUUUGAGCGAUCUACAGAACAGAGAAAAGAGCAAAAACUUACCAAGAGAGUAUUUUAGAGAUGUUUUUAACUAAAGAAAGACGUGGUUUUCAUUUUAUAAAAAUGAUAAGAUUAUUGAGACAUAUUUGCUAAGUUUGUAAAUAACAAUGAAUGAUGAAUUCCAUUUAUGGAUAAAGGUUAUUUUGAAAUCUAUUUAAAGAUUGUGGAAGUCGAAUGUGUCAAAUUUGCUGAAUCGACAGAAAUGACUCCACAUAUAAACAAUCUUCCCGAUUGUGAUUCUGUUACUAUAAAUGUAUAAAUAUAUGGUUGUGUUGACUGAUGUACGCUGGAGAAUUUUGAAAGCAAAGCUAGUCAUGUUUUCAUUCUCCUGUGUUGAUAUUAUCCUUUAUUUUUGUACUUAAACUAGAUGUAGAUCAUCAUUUGACAUAUCAGUUUGACUACAGGGUCCAUUGCGUUGAACAAAGUUUGUACCUUAGGCUUGUAUAUGUUGAAGAGGAGAGGUCAAGACACACAGCUGCUUUCAUGCAGAUGCAAUUGUAAGAAAAUGCCUACACUGUGUGUAAUAUGAUGUAAGUGUUGCUAUGACAACAAUAUGAUGUAAGCGUUGCUAUGACAACAACAUGAUGUAAGCGUUGCUAUGACAAUAAUAUCAUGGAAUUGUUGCUAUGACAAUAAUAUAAUAAUUGUUGCUAUGGAAACAAUAUUAUGUAGAUGUUGCUCUGACAAUAAGAUGUAAGUGUUGCUAUGACAACAAUGACAACCUGGAGCCGACAAAUGUUGAUAUUUGUAAAGAUGUGGCACCUCCUUGCUUCCUUUGUGAAUUAAUUUGCUUUCUUUAUAUUUGUUGUCAUAGCAACAUUUAUGAAAAUAAGUGAUUGUAUGUAUACUUUCUUUCUGAUUGUUUUCAUGGCAACAGUUGUCAGUGUAAUGAGUUGUAUAUUUUUGUUAUGCUUGUUGUCAUGGCAAUGUUUACAAAAAUAGCUUGUAUGUAUGCCUUGUUUAUGUUCAUUGUCAUGGCAACAUUUAUGUAUUAACUAGUGAUAUGAAUCAUUUUCUCAUCUUCUCACAAUGGAACUACUUUUUCUCAUGGAAUUAUUGCAUAUUUGUGAAAUCUGACCUCAUAUUGGUUUAGAUUUCGAAUUGUGCUGAUAUGAAGUAUUGUCCAUGUUGUGAGGUGUGUUCAGUGACUCUUGCCCCCAUCGUAUAUUUUUGUACUUUUUAGUUAUUUUUACUUUUGUAGAACCAAAUUUAUCCAUAAAUUUAGUCCAUAAUUUGCUGAACAUAUACGGACACAUCACCCUUUGACAUCUAACCAUGAUUCAGUACAAUGGCUAUUAUAUAUGGUAUAACAUGUUUAUAACUGUUAGUAGUUGUAUGAAUAUGUUAUGCUGCAAAGGUUACAAAUAAUUUCGUCAUCAUGUUUACGUUGCAUUUGGAACAUAAUUCCCCAGCUCAUCGAUUCCAUUAAUCAUAUUCUUCUGUUCAAGCAGGUCUUGGAUACAAGUGAUACACAGGUUAAUCACAGGUGUUCAAAAUGGCGGCCUUUGUACUGGGCUGAACUGUGAAGUAUUGGAUUUAUACCAAUAUCAUUGGAAGAUUCCUGUCAAAUUUGUAUUAUAUCAUAAUAAUCCUUAUAGAUUCGUCAUAAUCUAUGUGAUUCAUACUUAACUAUCCAUGUAUGGGCACUAAAUGGAUACACAAAGUCUGAUGAGAUGUACAGGAUUCAAACUCAUUAUCUCAAAACAUGACAAAUUCAAAGGUGUAUGUAAUUUUGAGAAGUAUUAUUUGAGUGUCAGAAUCAUUUGCUGGAACCCUGCACAAACUUCUCAAUGGAGAAACAUUGUUUUGCUUUAAACCCCACAUGAAUCUUCAUCAUAUUUAGUCAUGUAAUGAAGGACAGCUUUCAUGUUUUCAUCUUCAUUCUGUGUCCAUAGAAUCCAGGAAAGUGCUGACUUGUUGAUCCAUGCUGUGUACAUAUUGAACAAUCAGUGUUUCAUCUCUGUGUGGUUAUUGUGCUGUAUAUGACGGGGGAAAAACACAAUGAACCCAUCCUCGGCCUUCAGGGAGUGUUUCUGAUUAAUUCCCAUUAUCACCCUUGGUCCAGUGAAGCACUAUUAUGGGCCUGUUUCCUCCAGUGUUUCAUCCGUAUCAUGUAGAAUGUUAUUAUUUGAUCACUUUGAACUGACAAUGUUUUUUAUUCUCACUCUUUUUUCUCAACUAUUCUCGUGAAAAUAUAUUUAAGUGAGGGGCAGCCUAGAAGUUAAGACAAAGGCUCGUCAUUCUCAUCAAGAUGUGAUUUCUUCCGUAGAUGCAGUGUAUGAAUAUUGCAUCAGUAUUCAGAGCAUGGCAAGGAAACAAAUCUGUUAGACAACUGAAAUUUAAAAAGACUAAUCCUUUUCUACCCGAAAUCCAGUUGUUUUACAGAAACCACUAAUAUGAAAUAAGGUAUGGACAAGAUGGCCGAAAUGAUCAAUGAUAUUUAACCCUGAUAUUGGUGGAAUUUUACGGUAGGUCAAGGUCAAGGUCACUCGUCUUCAAGGUGGUCAGAGUUGUGUUAAGUUCCAUGGGUGUUAAUCGGAACGGAUCAGCCACUCCCUGGACGCAGGACACUGUUACUGUUGCUUCCAUCUAGUUAUUGUGUCUUGUUGCAUUUAUUCCCUGAUCCAGUAACAAGUUAUGUGUUUACGUGUCAAAUAUGUUUUGCUGUUUUUGUUCGUGGCCAGUGCAAUAUUUAUUCCUUUUUUCUUUUGUUAUGUUAUCUCACCAUGAGUCUUCAGCUGACAAAAAAUGGCAUUUUAGAAGCAGUUCUUUUUAUUUAUUUGCUGUUUUUUAUUCUACAGUACACAACUGUUUAUCAUGCAUUCAAAGUCGGGUUGGCAGCCAAGAUUUGUGAUAUUGCAUUAGGAAACAGUUUUUCAAGACCUGCCGUCCUCCGACCUUCCCACCGAAUAAUAGUCCCUAAAUAAUGUUCAAAAGUAUAGAAAAAUAUUUGAAAAAAAAGAGGUUUGCUAUUUAACAUUACUCAUCUCUUCUUAUUGUGACACAUUUUGGCCUCUCUUCCUCUUUAGAUGUAAGGCGUCCAAUCCUAAAUAAUCUUACAUCCCAGGGACAGAUCCAGAGAGGGGGUGUGGGGGUUGUGCGCCACCCCCCAACUUCCC